UAUUUUCUCGCUGCCGAUGACUGAGCGAGCGCAAGUGCCAGUCCAAAACAAACACGAGGUAAGGAAAGAGUUUUUUCAGCCGGAGAAAAUGGAGUCGCGCGCCCGAUUCGUCUCCCUCCUCUGUGCCUCCUUCCUCCUAGUCCUUGUGUGCGGCGUCGAGCCGCUCGGGCUCCGGCACCGGCAGCUGUCCCCCGGCGGCGAGCCCCUGGACGUCGCCGGCAGGUACCUGACGCGGGAGGAGCGCUGGACGAACCAACGCCUCGACCACUUCUCCCCCACCGACCACCGCCAGUUCAAGCAGCGCCACUUCGAGUUCCUGGACUACCACCGCGCCGGCGGCCCGGUGUUCCUGCGUAUCUGCGGCGAGUCCUCCUGCGACGGCAUCCCCAACGACUACUUGGCCGUGCUCGCCAAGAAGUUCGGCGCGGCGGUGGUGACGCCGGAGCACCGCUACUACGGCAAGAGCUCCCCGUUCGAGCGCCUCACCACCGAGAACCUGAGGUUCCUGUCGUCCAAGCAGGCGCUCUUCGACCUGGCCGUCUUCCGCCAGUACUACCAGGACGCCUUGAAUUAUCGGUACAACCGAAGCUCGGGGUUUGAUAAUCCCUGGUUCGUCUUUGGAGUUUCCUACGCCGGGGCUCUCAGCGCCUGGUUCAGGCUAAAGUUCCCUCACCUGACUUGCGGAAGCCUCGCGAGUUCCGGGGUGGUUCUUGCUGUGUACAACUUCACAGAUUUCGACAAACAGGUAGGAAAGUCGGCUGGCCCUGAGUGCAAAGCUGCCCUUCAGGAAACAACUGAGCUUGUCGAAGAACAACUUCAAUCGGAUAGCCACUCAGUGAAGGCUUUGUUCGGAGCACAGACGCUGAAAAAUGAUGGUGACUUCCUCUUCCUACUGGCAGAUGCGGCAGCGACAUCGUUCCAGUAUGGGAAUCCUGAUGCGGUGUGCUCCCCUCUAACCAAGGCAAAGAAGAAUGGGAAGAAUUUGUUGGAAUCAUAUGCUCAGUUUGUACGAGACUAUUACAUUAAGAAGUUGGGGACAACUGUAUCUUCAUAUGAUCAAGAGUAUUUGAAGAAUACGACUCCCGAUGAUUCCAGUUCUAGACUUUGGUGGUUUCAAGUUUGCAGUGAGGUUGCCUAUUUUCAAGUGGCACCCAAAAAUGAUAGUGUUCGGUCUGCAAAAGUCAAUACAAGGUACAAUUUGGACCUGUGCAAAAAUGUUUUUGGGGAAGGCGUUUAUCCUGAUGUGUUCAUGACAAACUUAUAUUAUGGAGGCACAAGUAUUGCUGCUUCUAGAAUUGUGUUCACAAAUGGCUCUCAAGAUCCAUGGCGCCAUGCCUCCAAACAGAAAUCAUCGGAAGACAUGCCAUCAUACUUGAUCAAGUGUAGCAACUGCGGACAUGGUACUGAUUUGAGAGGAUGCCCCCAGCUCCCUUUCAGGAUUGAAGGUAACUCUUCAGACUGCACCUCCCCGGAAGCCGUGAGCAAGGUAAGAAAGCAGAUCGCGAAGCACAUCGACCUGUGGUUAUCGCAAUGCCACAACCCCACAAGUGGCUUGUGAGGCGAGGCGACGAGUCGCACCUGUCCAGGAGGAGUGAAGCAGCAGACUGUUUGUUUGAAUCAUCACAAGCGCUAGAAGGUUGCGCUUGCAUGUGAGCGAGCGACUUGGGCUGAUGAGACUCGGGUGCAUUCGUUGUGGCAGCUAUUACAUAUGAGCUCUGAUGACUUUGAUGUUACUAUUCCGGUUAUGUAAUGCUGAGCGGCGAGCGCUAGCCGGAGACCAAUACAACUCAUAUGUGACAGGCCCCUAAAAAGAAAUAAAAAAAUUAUUCGUAAUGAAUUAGCAGCUGCA